AUGGCGUCAGAGAAAACUAGCUCCAAGGGUCAAGCAUGGUUUUGUACGACUGGCUUGCCUAGCGACAUUGAAAUCGAAGUGGAUGAUAUGACAUUUCAUCUCCAUAAGUUUCCUCUGAUGUCAAAAAGCAGGAAACUUCACAGAUUGAUUACAGAGCAGGAGACGAGAUCAUUUUCUACUGUAAAUCCCCAAACUUCCAUGGUGCUUACUGUAGAUGAGAGUGACAAAAAGAGAAAAGGCCAUGACGAACAAGAAGAGGAGGAAGUGAAAGAGAUUGAAGAAGAAGAAGAAGAAGAAGAAGAAGAAAACGGCUAUCCUCGCAUAAGGCUCCAGGAUUUUCCGGGGAGUUCAGAGAGCUUCGAGAUGGUGGCAAAGUUCUGCUAUGGCGUUAAGUUCGACCUUUCCGCUUCCACUACUGUUCCGCUUCGCUGCGCCGCCGAGCAUCUCGAAAUGACGGAAGAGUAUUCCCCCGAUAACCUCAUUUCAAAGACGGAGAGGUUUCUCUCGCAUUCCGUCUACAAGAGCUUGCGAGAAUCCAUCAAGGCUCUGAAAGCUUGUGAGUCAGUCUCGCCUUUAGCCGGAUCGCUUGGUAUAACGGAACAGUGCAUAGCUUCCAUCGUCUCCAGAGCUUCCUCAGCCGAUCCGUCGCUGUUCGGUUGGCCCGUAAACGACGGCGGUGGUGGAAGAGGAGCUGGAGACAUCUCCGCCACCGACUUACCGCUCAUCCCCGGCGGCGUGUCGAAAACGGCGGAUGCGCGGAGGAAGAAGCAGAGUAAGGAUUCGAAUAUGGAGCUGUGGUUUGAAGAUCUGGCGCAGCUAAGCCUUCCGAUCUUCAUUACUGUGAUCGUGUCAAUGAGAUCGGGAGAUCUGAGCUCUGACGUCAUAGAGAGCUGUUUGAUUUGUUACGCUAAGAAGCACAUUCCCGGGAUUUUGCGUUCUAACCGGAAACCGCCACCGUCAUCCUCAACCGCAGCUUCGGAGAAUGAACAGAGAGAUUUACUGGAGACGAUAACCUCUCACCUUCCAAUGGAUAAGAGCUCAAUCUCGGCAACCACGAGGUUCCUCUUCGGUCUAUUACGAACGGCCAUCAUCCUCAACGCCUCCGAUACCUGCCGUGAUACGCUCGAGAGAAAGAUCGGAUCGCAGCUGGAGCGAGCCACGCUCGACGAUUUGCUCGUCCCUAGUUACUCUUACCUCAACGAGACACUAUACGACGUCGAUUUGGUAGAGAGGAUCCUGAGCCACUUUCUCGACACCUUGGAGCAGUCGAGCACCGCCAUUGUCGAAGCCGACGGACGAUCUCCGUCGCUGAUGCUAGUCGGGAAAUUGAUUGACGGAUUCCUCGCGGAGAUUGCAUCAGACGCCAAUCUCAAAUCGGAUAAAUUCUACAAUCUGGCGAUCUCACUCCCCGAUCAAGCUCGACUCUACGAUGACGGACUUUACAGAGCCAUCGACGUAUAUCUCAAGGCGCAUCCAUGGAUAUCGGAAGCAGAGAGGGAGAAGAUAUGCGGCGUGAUGGAUUGUCAAAAACUGACGCUAGAAGCGUGCACGCACGCCGCACAAAACGAGCGACUUCCACUACGAGCCGUCGUACAAGUCCUCUUCUUCGAGCAGUUACAGCUCCGCCAUGCGAUCGCCGGGACGCUACUAGCGGCUCAAUCGCCCUCUCCGUCUCACUCAACGGAGCCGCGACCGUCAACAACAGCAGCAAGAAGGAAUCUAACGAUAACGGAAGCAGUAGCGGAAGAGGACGGUGAAGAAACGAGGGGAGAAGGACAGGUGGAUGCUGGGAAAUGGAAGAAGACGGUGAGAGAGAAUCAAGUGCUUCGCUUGGACAUGGAUACGAUGAGGACACGCGUUCACAGAUUAGAGAGAGAGUGCUCGAGCAUGAAGAAAGUGAUCGCGAAGAUCGAUAAAGAAGGUUCGCCGGCGACGACGACGACCGAUCGGCCGAGAAGUUGGUCGAUUACGAAGAAAUUCGGAUGCAAAUUCAAGACACAGGUCUGCGAUUCGCAAGAGGCAACGAUGGUUGAUCAUAGAUCACGACGUUCUUGA